AUUCAGUGUUUACGGAAGUGCAGAGCUGCUGUCAAAUGUGCGAAAUGUUCAAACACGUUUUCUUGACAGGACCUCCAGGUGUGGGGAAAACCACGCUGGUCCAGAAAGCCUGUGAAGCUUUGGUGUCAUCAGGUGUGGGUGUUGAAGGAUUUUACACAGAGGAGGUCAGGGAAGGAGGCCGGAGAGUUGGCUUUGAUGUUGUUACAAUGACCGGAGAAAGGGGGCACCUGUCCAGAAUCAGAGAUGUUGUUGGUGCGUCUCAGGGACAUCGGGAGUACACAGUUGGCCAGUACGUGGUUGAUCUGCCAUCAUUUGAAAAUGUGGCUCUCCCCCUCUUUAAAAAUGCAGCAGAGGGGGCCAGUGGGAAGGUGUUUGUCAUUGAUGAGAUUGGAAAAAUGGAGCUUUUCAGCCAGUCAUUCAUCAGGGCAGUGAGACAGACCUUAGAUAGCUCGGUCUGCACCAUCCUGGGCACUAUCCCCAUCCCCAAAGGAAAACCACUGGGUCUGGUGGAAGAGGUGCGGAACAGGAAAGAUGUCAAGGUCUUCACUGUGUCCAAGGAGAACAGAAACAUCAUUCUGCAGGAAAUUUUAGCAGCACUACAGGAGUGUCUAAAACACACAAAAUGAAAGGAGGUUGAGAGCCGGUGAUGGAAAUCCAAAGUUCCUCUGUGUUCUUCAUCUGAAGCAGCUGGUCUUCACCCCGU